CGUGACAAGAAUAUGAUGACUAAAGUAUAUAGGAAAUAACUAGAACCAGAAGAUGGCAGUAAUGCAACGUUAAGGAUGCAAGCUGCUGUUAAAACCCAAAGAAGAAGAAGAAGGAAGUUUCAGUGUCAUCAGUCUGCUCUGUAGCAGGAGCGUUUUCAGGGGUCUUAAAGUUCGUGCUGUGUCUGUGUGGUCCUGGUGAAAAUGUCCUCGAUAAUUCCUCGUAUCGAGCAGCUGUCAUCGAGAGUGGUGCGUGUUUUGGGUUGUAACCCGGGGCCCAUGACACUGCAGGGCACCAACACAUACCUGGUCGGGACAGGCAGGAGGCGAGUGUUGAUUGAUGCAGGCGAGCGCGCGGUACCGGAGUAUAUUGUCAACCUGCGCAAGGCACUGAAGCAGCAGGAGACGUCCAUAAAGCACAUUAUAGUCACACACUGGCAUCACGACCACACUGGAGGAGUGCCGGAGAUACUCACAAACUUUCACACAGAUUCAGAGCUGAGGGUCAGUAAACUCCCUCGGUGCCCUCCACAGGAAGAAGUGAUUGGAGACCAGAAGAAGAAAUAUUCAUAUCUCAGUGAUGGUGAUGUGAUAAAGACUGAAGGGGCAACAUUACGGGUGCUGUUUACUCCUGGACACACAGAUGAUCACAUGGCAUUAUUCCUGGAGGAGGAGCAAGCUGUGUUUUCAGGUGACUGUAUUCUAGGAGAGGGAACGGCUGUGUUUGAGGACCUCCAUGAUUACAUGAAGUCACUGCAGAAGCUCCUCAGCAUGAAGGCUGACCUCAUAUAUCCAGGUCAUGGUCCAGUGGUCCAAGAUGCUUUUUCUAAGAUCUGUGAGUAUAUAACUCACCGCAAUGCAAGAGAACAGCAGAUCCUAAACGUUCUGCAGGAGAACAACAGAACUGCGUUCACCUCCAGCGAACUGGUUAAAGUGGUGUACAAGGAGACCCCUGAACACCUGCACAAAGCUGCAGAGUUUAACUUGCUGCACCAUUUAAAGAAACUCCACAAGGAAGGAAAGAUCUGCCUGGCUGAAGGCUCAAAUGAGAAGAAAUGGAAGAGCAAUUUGUGACAGUUUUUUACCCCACACACUCAUCACCCACAGUGACUAAUAUAAGGUUCCCAGUGAAGUGAAAUGGACUUAAGGGGACACUGGGACUAGUCACUUUUUUCAAAUGGUGACCUUCUGUGAAAACCUGCUCUGAUAGGAGGCCAUUUACAUUUAUUUAGCAGACCCAUUUUUCCAAAUUGCCUUAACAUAUUUAUUGUUCCGCAUUUUUACAGUGUUGCGCGUUAUAACUAAUCACACACGAUUCCGUUGAGUUUAUGAAUGCAGCAGCCAAUCGGAGGCAUUCCGAUGAGUCAUCACUGGAACACCAGAGUUUUGUUGUUCAGUGAGCGCUCGCAGACUGAAUUCUGCUCUCUCACGAAUUCUCUCAUAAACAACAAAGUGUAUGGGAUCAGAUUUGUGGCAAAUAAAACGAACGAAACUUUUGCGAAAACGAACAAAAAUAUACAUUGAUAAAUGGGAAAAACACUGAAAAUAAAAACAAUCAACUAAAUGGCAAAAAAAAGUAACAUCGUCUUCAAAUAAACUGCAUUCUUUGUUGACUUCACUUUCAGCUUCACUUUCGCUAAACGCAGUUUUGAAUGCGCUGCCAGUGUUUUCGUUUUCGCUUUCCAUGUUUUUGUUUGCGCUUCGCAAAUUUACGUUCGCCAUUCUGGCACAAACCUAGGCCCGUAUUUACAAAACAUCUUAAGGCUAAAAGUAGCUCAUAACUCGGCGAUUUAGGAGAAAACCUUAAAAAUAAUGAGCGUCAGUCCUAAAUUCAGUUUCUUAGAGCAAAAAUUUAGGACUCCGAAGUCACUAAGACCAAGCCACAA